GUACUUGUUCAGCAUUCUAUCAAAUUUCUCUCACCCUUUCGCUGGAAUCACCAUGGCUUUGAAUUGGACGAUGCUGAAGGAGGACAGGACCCCUAUCCCUCUGCCUGGUGAAACGACUAUCAUGACGAUCCAUACGGGAGCAGAGGUAGCGUUAACGAUUCCAGACGCGCCUCCAAGCGCUGGAGCCACAUCUGGAGGGUCAGGCGGUACGAAGAAGCUCGAGGCAGUAGGGAGGUUGUGGUUAACUGAUCAGAGAUUGAUAUUCGUAGUCCCCUCAGCCCACCCAUCAUCCUUUGAAUCUCUGUCUAUUCCCUUGCACUCCCUGAUCUCAACUAAGUUCCAACAACCUAUGCUCGGUGCGAACUAUCUAUCUUUGGAAAUCAAGCCUUCACCAGAAGGAGGCUUAAGAGAUGGCACGAAGGCCGACAUUCGGCUAAGAGACCAAGGCCUAUUCCAGUUUGUGAGCAUGUUGGAAAAGACGCGGGAGCGUGUAAUCUAUAUGCGCAGACAAGCGUUGGAAGACGAGGAGAACCUUCCGGCAUAUGCUUCCCCUGCGGAGCCGGCCUCGUCUUCGCAGAUCGCGGGAACGCCAGUCGAUGCUCCUCCAGGCUACAUCGCUUGAGGCGGCGACCUGAUAGCAUUCGAUCAUUUCGAUAUGCAAACCAGGAAUGUGUUCUGUUAUUAAACUACAGCUGUAUUCGAACUUUGUGCAAAGCUAUGUGUUGUACCAUGUUCACAGGAAGUUGUACUUACUAUCAAUGAGAAACCAGGUGUAUACUC